AUGAAUAACCUUGCCCAUAUUUUGUGUUCAGCACACUCGGAGGUUCCAUCGCUUACUUCAGGAUCUACUUUUAAAUCUGUAGCCGAGAAUUUCGACGGAGAAGUAAACGAGCAGGACGGUCAAAAUAAAACACAAAAUAACCGAGAUGAAACUGCUAUCCUUGUUGGUACAGUUAACUCAGCACAGUCAUCCAUAGCAGACUCCACUCUACUAAAUACUCCAUCACUCAUGGAUCCGGAUAGCACCCUGGACAACGUGAUUCGAUCGCAAAGCGAAACCCGUGAAAUGCUUGAAAAAGCAAUUAUGUCUCUUGAUUCGAUGAACAGGGAGAGAACUGAGUUCGCAUCGAAAUUUGCAACUAUCAACAACCUUGAGCAGGAAAUUUCUUCCCUAAAGACUCGAGUUGCCGAACUUGAAGAGGAAAACAAGAUACUCAAAAAACAAAAUUUGAAGACUGACCAAAUUCUUGUAUGUGAAGAGAAAGCAAAAGAAAGCGAAGCAGAAGAUGAUAAGCUGGCCUCGCUAAAGAAACAGCUGAGUGUGGUCGAGCAACAACUCUACGAUAGAGGUCUUGAGGUUGACCUUCGGACAAAAGCGUUGACCGAAGCUACUGUUGAACUCGAGGCAGCUUAUCGUAAAAUCGCUGACUUAACGGAUAGUCAUACGGCAGCUGCAACGAACUGCAAGGAACUA